UCGUGAUCCCUGCCUUCUCUCACACUCUUACAGUUAACGAUAGGAAAGGAAGACAAAGCAUGUCCGCUGAAGCCAAGUUUAACAAAGCCGUUGAAAUCAUUCAGUCUUUGCCAAAAGAUGGCCCCGUCCAGCCUACUAAUGAUGACAGGCUCGUUUUUUAUAAAUACUUCAAGCAAGCUACCGUUGGGGAUGUCAACACUUCGCGCCCCGGCUUGCUCGAUUUCACGGGGAAGGCCAAGUGGGAUGCUUGGGACAGCGUAAAGGGUACAACGAAAGAAGAUGCCCACGUCAAAUAUGUCGAGUAUUUCAAGACAUUCGUUGAGAAGUCUGGAGCUGCUGAAGCGGCGGAUCUUAUCAAUCAGGUUGAGUCGGCUUCUUGAGAAAUGCUUGUUCUAACUGUGUGUAUCCCGAAUGUGAAUCGUAAUGUCGAAAAACUGUUGUACAAUGAACUAAAGUCCAUUUUGUGAGAGAAAAUACCAC